GCAUAUUUCCGAUUCAAGACGUCUGCAAUACCGUUGGCAAAUCCCGAAACCUGUCUUCGUCCCAGUCUGGAGCCGCACUCGGUCGCCACGCUGGCCCACCCUCCUCGGUAACACUCUUCAGAUCACGCCGAGCUAGAGCCUUGCUACACCGCACUUUAAUUCAUCGACAUCAUAUUUGCUACCCGCCGUUCAGCAUGGCACAGCCAGUCCACUUGAGCUUUGGAGGUUGUGGGUUUCUCUUGGCGUUCCACAUUGGUGUCGCCAAGUACAUGCGUCGUCAUGGCGUGCUCACCGCUGCCAGCCGCUUCGCUGGAGCCUCGGGAGGCUCACUCGUCGCCGCUAGCUUGGCAUAUGGUAUACCGUUGGCCGUCGUAUUGGAAGAGACCAAAGCCACGGCGACAUUGUUGCAUGAGGACAUCCGUGCAUCCAAGCGAGGUCUCCUGGGUGCCAAGAACCUCGCAGGGUAUGUAUAUCGCCACAUCGAUGCUUUGUUCCCGGAUCCGCUCCCCGUCCUGCAUCCGAGCACGUCCGACCCGCUCCCACGCCUUGUGGUCGCCACCACGGAGGUGUUUCCCCGCUUGCGCACCGUGCACUGGUCGUCGUUUGCAACCAAGAACGAUUUGGCCAACACGCUUCUGAUCUCGUGUCACGUGCCGUGGUACUUCGACGGCACGCCCGCCCGACAAAUCGCCGGAACGAAGCAAUGGCAUACCGACGGUGGACUCCUCCAGUUCGUCCCGGACGUUCCAGACCACAUACCGGUCAACGUGUUUCCGUUGCCGUGGAUGAAUAAGCGCCGGACGAUUAGUCCACUGUGGAUCCAUGGAUUUCCGAUCUCGUUGGCGCAGCUGUCACGUUGGGCGCUGCUGCCACCACCCAACGACGUGCUGGAUCAGUUUGUUGUGUGGGGAGAGGAAGCUGCUCACGCGUAUGUCACAUCGAGUGCAGAGUGGAAUGGUUAACAUUGUUUUCCAUGCUUCUGCGCUCUCGUCGUUUGUACGGGUCAUCGCAUGUCGAGCAUCGCGCUGUGCUCGUGAAUGUCGUGGUGGUGGUCGUAGUGCGUCGCAUCGACGUUGCUGCCGCACGUUUCAAGGCGAAUGAGGCGAGCUUCGACAAACUCGAGGCGCUCGGCCAGGUCGUUGAGGCAGCUGAUGAUGGCUUUUCGUUUGGCUUUCAGUGGAUCGAUCUGCAUCUCGAGCGCCGCGUUCAGGACGUGGGGGUCGUACUUUUCCCGGAUAAACGACUCGAUCACUUUGUGAUCGUCGACGUAUUUGGCCGUGAUGUCGUGGAAGAGGUCGCGCGUGAGGACGCAGAUCUCGGUGAACAUGGUUGCUUUCAACGUCACGGUCUGCUUGCAGUUCAUGAGGAGCGCGAUCUCACCAAAAAAGUCGCCUUCGAGCAGCGUGCGGACCAGUGUCCCCGUCGCCUGGUGGAUGGGCUUGUUUUUUUUGCGCGUGUGAUCGUCAAACAUGAUUUGGUGCUGGAUCAAGUCGCACGACCCGGACUGAAUAAAGUACAUUUCGUACCCGAUUUCGCCGCGCGCUACGACAAAGUCGUCCGCCAUGAACACUUGAAAGCCGAGCUGCAUGACGAGUUCCUGGACAAAUUCGGGGCUGCAUAGCCGAAACAUCGGGCACCGCGUAAUCAUGCCCAUCCGCAGGUACAGCUCGAC